AUGCUAUUAAAUGAUGAUUUAAAACCUAUCGUCGAAAACAAAGCAAUAUAUGAAAACUUGAUUUAUAAGUUAAACAAAAUUGAAUACCAAACUAUAUACAAUAUCUCAACACCUAAUAUUGGGUAUACCUAAGCAAGAAUAAUUAUCGACAUAAAAAUGAAAAGUAAUUCUUCUCACCUAGAUGAAUAAAUAAUAAAGCAAGUAUUAGUCAAUGACAAUUUUUCUAAUAUUAAUUGCUAAAAUCUGCCUUAGGAUACAAUAUAUUAUAUUUGUUCUUUAGAUCUGCUAACAACACAAUAAAACUUCAUUGAGAUAAUAAUUUAACCAAGUCUUUAGUUUUUUUAUAGAAAUCUGCAAAUUUUUGUGUUACAGUGUGCCUAAAAUUGUGCACUAUGUCAAUAGUCAACGAACGCGUGCUUAAAAUGCGAAGACUAAUAUUAGCUUAUAUAAGAAAAAUGCCUAAAGGUGGAUGAUUAAAUUCACGUUCACCAUUAUAGUAUUAAUUAUUUGGGAAAUUCAUAUGAAGGGCAUAAGUAAUAUAAAAAUAAGAAGCAUUUAUUGACCACCUCUAUAGGAGAUGCCAAUAAUAUUAUCCUAGAUUACAAUACAACCAAUACAACUAAAGAGAUUCUCAUAAAUAAUUAGACCUAAAUAGGACCAUUUAUAUAAAAUGAAGGAAUAGAAUACUAUAACCUUAGUAUUCAUGAUGAACCUAUGAAUAUAAGAAUAGAUUACACAAUCUAUCUUCUUUAUAGUGAUUUGCCUAUAGCCCUCUUUUUUUUUUAAAUAAAUGGAUUUGAAAAUAAAUAGUUUUUGUCUUUCAGAUAAUUUGACAAUUUUGAAGAUUGCUACUCUUCCUAAUAUGCAAAUUGCAAAAUCCACAAAUUCUCAUAAUUUUAUUUUAAUAUAACACAAAUAGAUAAUCUUAAAAUAAUAGGUGCAUUUCCACUACAACAGAAAAUUUCAGCUUGGGCUUUAGGCAAUAUUAAAUUUACUUAAUUUGAAUUAUUGAAAUGCCAAUAUAAAUAGUAUCAAUUAGGAUGUUUUAAAUAAUGCCCAUCUGGGACCAAAGAAGUUAAUAAUGUUUGUUUGAGUAAAAUUUAAGAGAAAUUUGUUUCUGUUGUUCAAUUUUUGUUCUUUUAAACCCAAAAUUUUGAGUUUUUCUCUAAUAAUCAUAUAUAUAUUGAUUCCAAUGACACUUAUUUUAAAUAUGAUAAUAUUGUGUAUCACAAUAUUAAGAAAAGUCUUCAAAUAGAUGUUAAAAUUAAGAAAGUAAUGAAACUUUAUGUAAAGUUGAUCAUAUUAGAUGCAAAUUUAACUGAAAACAUAUCAAUCAACCUAGCCAAUUUUAGCUUAACUUAUAAUAUAUCUGAUAUGGAACCUUUAAACGUGUCUUUAGGAAGUGAUGAAGUACAGGAUUAUGCUUUAGAAAUUGAGAAUGUUAAGAUUGAAUUUGAUAAUCCUAAGGGAAAUUCUAAACUGCAAAUUAUACGUAAAGGUUGUUUCUAUAAUCGCUGUAAUAUUUUAAUAUCAGAACUCUUAAUAUUAUCUCCAAAAUGUAAUAAUUUUUGUCAUGAAUGUAAUGUGGAAUCCGGAUGCAUUGAACCAACAUCAGAAAGCUAGUAUUGCCCAUAAGGUUAUUUUUAUAAUGACUUCUAGUGCAGUAACUGUCCUAAAAAUUGCAGUAGAUGCAGUUAAUAUAAUUAUUGUAUAGAAUGCUAUGAAGGGUUUGUUCUUUUCUCUGGUGAGUGCUAUUUAAAGGAAAAAGAUAAAUAUUCUUCUGAAGAUAUGGCUUCACUUACCAAUCCCGUUCUUGGUAAAUUCUCAAAUUAAGCUUACACUUAGUGUAAGAGUUAACAUUAAGUAAGAAAUGUAGAGAAAUGUGCUUGUUAAGAUGGAUAUAUUUUCAAUGAAGCAUAUGAAUGCCUUCAUUGCGAUGAGCUAUGCGAAACUUGCAUUUAAACUGUAAGCCAUUGUUAAUCAUGCAGAUCUACUUAACAUAGAAAAUUGGAAUCGGGAUAGUGCCUUUGUUAGGAGGGAUAUUUUGAAGAACUUCAAAAAUAGUUUUGCUAAUAAUGCUUGCCCAAAUGCAAACAAUGCUAAUACAAAGAAUUCAUAUGUACUGAAUGUCAUUUGUCUUAACAUAGAGUUCUUAGUUUGAAUGAUUGCAUAUGUUAGGAUGGGUAUUAUCAUGAUUUUAUCUAAGAUAGAUGUUUAAAAUGUAAAAACACAUGUAAAAAUUGUAAAGAUUAUGAUACUUGUAUUGUUUGCGAUGAAUUGUAAUUCAGAACAUUGACAUUCUAAAAUCAAUGUAUAUGCAAAUAAGGUUAUUUCUUAAACAAUUAAAUUUGUGAACCUUGUCAUUACUCCUGUCUUGAAUGCAGAGAUUCUUCAGAAUUUAAUAAAUGUACUAAAUGUACAUUAGAAAGGAAAAGAAAAAGUAUCCAAAUGGAUUAUUUUGAAUGUCUUUGUUAAAUUGGAUUCUAUGAUGUUGGAUAAUAAGAAUGUUAUGAUUGUUAGCUCUUUGAUAAUCCUCCAAUUGAUCAUUAUUGUUAUGCUAAUUGUGGUGAUGGAAUCAUUUAAUGGAAUGAAGAAUGCGAUAAUGGAGUAUAAACUCAAUCUAAAGGAUGUCAUAAAUGUAAAUUAUCUUAAUCUAAAUGUUAAAAUGAGAUUUGUUAGAUUUGUAACUUGAAAGAAUGUGUAUAAUGUUAAGAUGGAUAUUAUUUAAAAAGUGACUAUACCUGUGAUAAGUGUUCUCCUAUUUGCAAGACUUGUAAAAUAAAUCCAUAUAAUUGCAUUAUUUGUGCUGAUAACAACCUUCAAUGUUCUAAUUGUCUGCCAGAUUAAGGAUACAUAUAUCUUGAAAAUUAAUGUCAAAGUAUUUGUGGAGAUGGUUAUAUUACAUUGGAAGAACAAUGUGAUGAUGGUAAUCUACUCGAUAAUGAUGGAUGCAAUUCUAAUUGUCUAAUAGAACAUUAUUUUAUAUGCGGUAACACUUGUACUAAUAAACCUUCUUGGCAUUUUUAAAUUUAAUAGAACAAAUUUGAUAAGUAUUAUUCAGAUCAAAGACAAUAUCAUAUCACCAUUAAAAAUUACGAAUCCAAUAUAGAUAAGGAACAAUUAUAAUUAUCUUAUGUAAAAACGAAUCAAUUAUAUCCAUCUAAUUGUGGUUAGUUUAAUUAUACAAUAAGUAAAUCAUCAAUCUCAAAAAUUGGCUAUCAAUAAUUCAUAAUCAAACUUCACCUUUAUCAAUAAUGCAUUGAUUAAUAGCUAAGUAUAAUGCUAUUUAAUGAUAGCAAAAUAAUCUAUGAAAAAUAGAUUUAAAUUAUAAAUUAUUUUACCCUCUAAAAUCAAUUCACAACUUCAUUUAAUCUGUUGUUGUAUUUGUAUGCAAUAAUCUUCACUGUCAACUUCCUAUUUAUUCAAUCACACAAAUAUAUUGAAAUCUUGUUUAUAUUUUAAAUGAUAGCAUAUCAUAACCAUUUUGAAAUUUUAACUCCAAAAUACUUUGAAUCCUUUGUAGAACUAUUUUCCCCCUAUUAAAUGAUUAUAUCUUAACAGCUCGGAAUUUAAAAUAUACAAAAAAGUUAAUAAGAAACAAAUUAAUUCUAAUUAUAAGAUAAUAUUGUCAGAUAACUCAUCUUCACAAUUAUUUUGAUUGUUGCUUCUUCCUCAUUGCGUUUAAUAGUUUAUAUUCUCAUUAGAAUUAAUUAAAAUAGACGCCAUAAAUUUAAUAAGAAAUUAUCUUAGAAACUUUAAAGAUAAUUAACCUAUUAAUUAGUUUACUUCCUUAAUUAUUUUAGUUAUUAACUUUAUGGAUGGAUAAUACUCAAUUAAUUUAAUAGUUAGAUCUCAGUAUAUAUUAUUUUUAUUAUUUUUUGUCAUAUCAAAAUUUAUUAGUAUUUUAGAAAUUAAUAACCAAUUCGUUUUGUUGUUCUAUUAAAUGCUGCUUACAUUUUUAUUUUAAUGAUGAUGAAAACGAAUUAGAUAUUUUAAUUGUUAUUGACCUCUUUGAUUGUUGGAGUAUUAUUGAUAUCAUCAAUAAUUGAGAAAAACUGUUUUGAUUUAAAAUAUAAGUUAUUAUUAGGAAAUCUUUGGGGAACUCACUUCAUUUAUCUAAUCUUUGAACUUUAUACUUCAACAGUCUAGAAAUAUGAACGACUGAAUUAAAUUUUGGGAGGAGUGCUAAUAAUCAAUUAUUUUAUACUACUUUUAUUAUAGAUGUUUGAUAUUUUAAGAACUUCUGUUAUAAUCACAAAAAAAUACUAUUCAAACUUCAAGGAAAGGAAUAAACAUAAAACUUAUGACUAACAAUAUUUUGGUGCAAUUACUUUCCCAAGCUUGUCUCAAAUAUGA